CGUUCUAGCAGUAUUUGCCAAGCCUUUGUAUUGUUCGUAACAGCUUUACAAGCUUUGAAAAAAUUGCGUGAGAAACGCGAACGAAAAGGAAGGAAAUUGACCUUAGUAAAACUUUUGUUUGAGGCAAGUUUCAACAAUGUCAAUGACAAAAUCUAUUACGUUGGAAGAAGAAAUGAAAAAGAAUCCCCAGUUGAAGCUAUCAGACAUAGAAUCGUUGAGAGAAUGGUGCGAAAAACAACCGCACUUACCGAGAAUCGAAGAUAGCUUGCUUGCGAUGUUCCUUCAUAGCAAUUAUUAUCGAAUGCAACCGACAAAAAACACGAUUGAGAAUUAUUAUACGACUAGAACGCAUGUGCCAGAAUUUUUUUCCAAUCGAGAUCCGCUUGGAGAAAAAGAAUUGCGACAAACAUUUAAAAUUGCGGCUAAUCUUCCUCUGAAGGGAAUAACAAAGGACGGCUAUAGAAUCAUGUACGGUGCAUUUCUGGACGUUGAUCCUUCUCGUUUCGUUUACAACGACAAUGUUAAAUAUUUCUUGAUGGUGUGCGACGUAUGGUUUCUGACGGAGGGUACGAAUAACGGUUACAUUUAUUUCGCCGAUGCCAGCGGGCUGUCUUUUGGUCAUAUCGCGCGAAUCAGCCCGUUGGGACUCAAGAAAUAUUUAUAUUACAUACAAGAGGCAGCGCCGAUACGUCUGAUGGGAAUUCAUUUCAUAAAUGCGCCGCCCGCCAUGGAAUUGCUAAUGAAUAUGAUGAAGCCAUUCAUGAAAAAAGAGAUGAUAGAUAUGAUACAUUUUCAUUCAUCGCUAAAGAGCGCUUCUGAAUAUGUUCCGGUGAACCUGUUGCCGAACGAGGUGGGUGGAAAAGCUGGUUCCAUGUACGAAUUGGCCGAAAUUGAAGUGAAGAAGCUCGAAGAUUAUCGCGAAUGGUUUUUGAUGGACGAGGCGACCGGUCGUGUAAAUGAAGCGUUGAGGAUCGGCAAGAGCAAAUCGGCAAGCGAUUUGUUCGGCGUGGAAGGUAGCUUUAAGAAACUCGAUAUAGACUGAUAAUCAAUAUAUCGUCUCUCUCUCUAGUAGGAAUAUAUUAUAUUUCCAAAAAAUAUUAUACUACAAUUCUACCUAUAUAGCAUAUUUGCUAUUUCGCAAUGUUUUACGUAAUGUUGUACGUCACACGUCUUUGUGAUAUCCGAAAUAAAAAGGAAACCCAUUACGCAAAAAUAUCGUU